AUGAUGAACAUUGUUUUCGUUGGGCAUUAUGGUGAUGCUACAAUGGUAGCUGCUGCUGGACUUGGAAAUAUGUUUAGCAAUAUUAUUUGCUUGCUCACUAUUUAUGGACUUAAUGGAGGAAUUUCGACCCUUUGCUCUUAAGCCUACGGUUCUGGAAACAUGAGGAAGUGCGGAAUAUACCUGAACAAAGGAAGAAUAUCUGUGCUAAUAUUCUUUGUGCCUAUAUUCAUGAUAAUGUUCCUUUGCAAAUCAUUUCUGACAUCUAUCGGAAUAGAUGACAAAAUUGCCUAUUAAUCCUAGAUAUAUACCUAUGGCUUAAUUAUUGCACUUUUCUUUUAAGCAUAAUUUGAUGCUACAAGGCAUUAUCUUAAUGCUUUGCAAAAAUCUCAGAUUCUACUUUACUUAGGAAUCUUUGCUUGCUCGUUUCACUUACUCUGUCUCUAUCUAAUUUUUAAUUUUUUGAAGAUUGGCAUAUUCGGAGCAGCUUUAGCUACUAUUUGUACCUUCUUUAUGAAUUUUUUAAUCAGCACUAUAUACUGUGCAAUGCAAUCUGAUCUGAAAGAGAGUUUUUUCUUUCCUAACAAGGAAUGCUUCACCGAUUUAUGGGAUUACAUGAAGCUAGGCAUUCCAUCAUCAAUAAUGAUCUCCCUUGAGUUUUGGAGUUUUGAGAUCUAAGCAUUAUAUGCUAGUUAUCUGAGUAACCUGGCUGUUGGGACCAUAGUCAUUCUGGUUAACACAUUGACCAUCUUCAUUAUGAUUCCUAUUGGAUUCUAAGUCACAGCCUGUGUAUACAUUGGGAAAUCGUUAGGAGAGGGAUUCUACUUAGUUGGGAAUCCUAUGUCGAUGGUUCUAUGCUUCUAUUUUAAGCUUGGUAUCAAAGGAUUAUUAUUAGGAUUUGGCUGUGGAAGCAUUUCUAUUGCAAUAAUGAUGAUUGUAUACUUGAAAUUUUUCACUGACUGGCAGUAACUUUCAAAAGAUGUUAGGGAAUAAAUGCUAUCAAAGAAACAUAAUAUCUAUCUAAAGGCAAUGAGUGAUGAAAUAGAGGAAUCUUAAUAGCUGAUGGGCUAACUUGAUUGA